AACAAAUGUCACAACGUGCAAAUAACCUCAAAGAUUGUUUCUAAUUGAGUGGCGUAGUGAUAUUCUAUAAAAAUGGAUGAUUUACAAUUAAAUAUUACAUCAACUAUUAAGAACCAAAAUAAAACAAAAAAACAAACUAUUCAAAAGAAUGCUAAUGAAUACAAAUUUAAAUCAAAACCAGAUUUUAGUGGUAAAAUUAUUGCGUUUAAAAGACCCCAAAAUGCUGGCCAAAAGAACUUCUCACAGAAAAAUUCAAACGAGCCGCCUAAUAAAGUACCUAAACUUUCAAACAUCGCUCCCUCCAAACCAGAAGAUUUACAAUUGAGGUUACGUGAAUUAAGUGAAAAUAAAGGUAAAUUUCACGGGAAAAACUAUCAAGACCUCAGUGACGACCUUCAGACGAAACAGAAGCCUAGAAAUGGACCUUGGAUAUCAUCUUUAUUUAAGAACAACCCAGAAGUUCCAAAAAUGGGUCAAAAGGCUGUAAAACCUUUGGUUGAAAAAGUUUUUGCCGGCAAGACCUUUGCUGAUUUAAAUAUUCAUCCACACAGUGUAGCAAAUCUGAAACAAAAUCUUAACUUAAGUGAAAUGAUGACAGUACAACAAAAAUCUAUUUCAAUAAUUCUUCAAGGCAGAGAUGUAUUGAUUAGGUCUCAGACAGGGUCUGGGAAAACUUUGGCAUACGCGCUACCAAUUGUUGAAGGAUUACAGGCAAUAAGACCAAAAAUAAACAGAAAUGAUGGUGUAAAAGUUAUUGUAGUAGUUCCCACCCGGGAAUUAGCAGUUCAGACAUAUGAAUUAUUUGUAAAACUCACUAAGCCGUUUAUCUGGAUUGUGCCUGGCUUGCUGUCGGGAGGGCAAAAGAGAAAAGCAGAGAAGGCCAGAUUGAGAAAAGGCUUAAGUAUAUUGGUGGGCACUCCAGGACGAAUAAAUGACCAUUUAUUACAUACACACUCACUAAACUUUGCUAAAACUGGGUGUCUUGUGUUGGACGAAGCUGAUAGGUUGUUAGAUAUGGGUUAUGAAAAAGAUGUAGCUGCUAUUGUUAAGGCUAUUGAAGACCAUAAAAAAGCUGCAACAUAUGAUCCCAUGGCUCUCGUUAAACAAAAUAUUAAAAAACCCCUCGAGAAUGAUGAACAGCAAGACAUUCCGAAUGGUGAUGACAAACCAGUGGAGCAUAAUGUUGAGCAUGCUUUAACUAAAAUAUUUCAAUCGACAGAAAGACAGACAAUUCUUUUAUCAGCUACUCUUACAAAGGCCGUCGAAAAUUUAGCGGGAAUAACCAUGCAGGAUCCUGUCUUUGUAGAUACUUCUGAUGGUAAAGCGCUUGUCGCUGAUUCUUUAAAAGAGACAUCUAAGCAUACAGACUUGAAAAAGAGUGACAUAAGUUCAGAAAAUAUCAAAAUGAGUGAAAAAAAUAUAGUUCCGAAGGUUAUUACUGAAGAGUUAAACGCGAAACCUGACGACAUUGAAGAAAAGCAGGAAAGUCGAACCGGUCUUAAAGCGUUUAAUGGUUCUAAUCACCCUGAAUUGUUUGCCGGUGUUAAAAACAAAGGUCAAACUAACAAUUCUACAGUUAGUGUUAGCGGAAAGAAGGACGACGAAAGUGACAGUGAUUCGGAUUAUGAAUAUUUCAAAGUACAAAAAGAGUUAGAAGUUAAAGAUCCGAAAGUUGAUAAACUAGAUGAAGCGAAAACGAAACACGAAAAAGUGGAAGAGCCCGUUGCUAAUACGUUCGUAGAAGCGCUGAAAACAGCUAUUACAGAAGAUGAACUUAUAUUACCAGCGACGGUUAACCAAACGUUCUUGAUAGUGCCAAUGAAACUAAGAUUGGUAACUUUAUGUGCUCUUAUAGUAGAACAUUGCGUAAUAAACAGGAAGGGUGGGAAAAUGAUCGUUUUUAUGGCAACAUUGGAAAUGGUAGAUUAUCUCUCAGAAUUAAUUGAGACGGUUCUGACUGGUAAAGAAGAUAAGGCGAAAAAGAAAAACGAGUCCGAGAAGAAAAAUUCAAAAGCAAAUAAAAGAAAAACUAAAGAUGAGGACUCUGAUUCCGAAUAUGAAAUGGAUUAUGAGGCACCGGCAGAGGGAGGCAUUGUGCCGCAUGAUUUGGACGUGUUCAGUCUGCACGGUUCGAUGCCGCAUGAGAACCGUAUAGAAGUUUUCAAGCAAUUUCGUGUUGCUAAGAGGGGUCUUCUUAUUUGUACGGAUGUGGCUGCGAGAGGUUUGGAUGUACCACGCGUUGAUCUCGUUCUACAAUUCUGCGCUCCGGCGUCAGCCACAGAUUAUGUGCACAGGGUCGGAAGAACUGGUCGUGCGGAGCAAGUCGGUGCUGCUAUAUUGUUCUUACUACCAAGCGAAUCAGAAUUUGUGAGGCAUUUAGAGCAGAAGCGAAUAAGGUUACGUCAAUCGGACGAGAUGAAAGCGUUGUCCGUUUUACAAAAUAUAGUGCCGACAGCGCCGACUCCACAGCGAGCGGCCAUCGCAGUACAAGCGCGCCUCGAACACACCGCGCACAGCUCGCGCGACUGGCUGGCCAGGGCUAGUCGGGCGUAUACAUCGUGGGUUCGUUUCUACUCGACGUAUCCUCGCGAGGUGCGCAUGUGGCUGGACGCGAGACAACUCCACCUCGGUCACGCGGCCAAGGCCUUCGCCCUCAGGGAGACUCCCGGAGCCUUAGCAAGGAGAGCCAAAUCUGACCCCAACGUUAGGAAAGAGAGACCCAAUAACCGCCUUACGAUUCAUGACGAGGACGAGAAGAAACGGCCUGGUUUCCCUAAAGUUAAACCGGGAAUAUUUGGCAAGAGAAUAGUGAAUAAACAAAGUUCCAUGCACACCGCGAGCGAAUUUGACAGCGGCUUGCCGCCAGUGGACACUUACUCUAACAAGAAGAGAAAGAACAAAUAAUCACUAUUCUAUUAUAUAUUUAUAACAAAACAUUUUAAUUGUAAAUAAACCAAUUUUUAC